AUGUCUGAGAAGAUCCACAACACCUCCUCUAAGGUCUCCGAGGCAGAAGUUUCUCUGAAAAGCUCUACACAUGCAGUGAAGACUAAGUAUGCCGAUCUUGCUGUUGACUUUAUGCACACCUAUGAUGCACAAACCUCAGAAAUUACUCCAGAACAAGACAAGAAGCUUAAUAGAAAGUUGUUAUGGAGAGUGUUGGGACUUACGUUCCUUAUCAAUAUGAUUAUGUACAUGGAUAAAGCUACAUUAUCGUACAGUUCUAUCUCUGGUUUUUGGGAAGCAACCGGCUUGGAUCAAAACAAAUAUAACAACGUGAAUACGGUGUUUUAUGUUGGUUUUGCAGUUGGUCAAAUCCCAGGGACUUACUUGAUUCAAAGGUUUCCCAUCAGUAAGUUGAUCUUUGCCAUUGCAUUUUUAUGGUCCUUGGAUAUUUUUUUACACUGUGCGGCUUAUAAUUAUGCAGGUGUAAUAGUGUUGCGUUUUUUCCUUGGGUUCUUGGAGUCGGUUGCAAUCCCAAUCAUGAUGACAACAAAUGGUAUGUUCUUGAGUCAACAUAUCAGAGAAUUGACCCAGCCUAUUUUCUAUGCGUCCUGUAUGGCUUCACCUAUUCCUAUUGGUUUUAUCAGUUAUGGUGUUUUGCAUGCCGGUGCAUCAAUUGGAGAUUGGAGGGUUUUGAAUAUAAUUAUCGGUGGACUUACCUUCCUUUUGUCUAUACUUAUCUUUUUCAUUUAUCCUAACAACCCACUCGAGGCCUCCUUUUUAUCUACAGAAGAAAAGGUCUGGGUUGUCAGAAAAAUUCAAGGAUCCUCCCACCAGAGUAUUGAGCAAAAGCACUUCAAAAGAUCGCAUGCAAUUGAAGCUUUCAAGGACCCAAUCUCUUGGUUGAUUUGUGGAUUUUUCCUCCUUCAACAAUUAGCUAAUAACUUACCUUACCAGCAGACUAUCUUGUAUGAAGAGAUGGGUGGGUUAAGUAAUUUGAACUCUACAUUGGUAACUGUGGCAAGUUCUGGAUUUGCUGUUCUUUGGUCCGUUGCGGCUGCUAUUUUCUUAUUCAUAUUCCCAAAAACUACCUGUUUAACUAUCAUUUGGUCAACUCUUCCCUCACUUGUUGGAUCUAUUGCAGCUGUUGCUCUUCCAUUAAGUAAUGCUAUUGGUGAGCUUGGUGCAAUUUCUCUAGCAGCAAAUUCUUUUGGAGUCGGCUGGAUUUGUGCCUUUGGGUUGGCUCAGACAACUGCUGGAUCAAGUUAUACCAAAAGAUUAGUGAGAAAUGCAAUGGUAAUGGCUAGCUAUUCGGUUUCCAAUAUUAUUUCUCCCCAAUUAUGGAGAGCAAAAGAUGCUCCAAAUUAUGUACCUGCUUGGGUUGUCCAAAUCGUUUUGAGUUUCACUGUUGCUCCUUCAUUGAUUGGCUUGGUAUGGUAUCUCUUGUAUAGAAGAAAUAAGGAAAGAUUGGCUGCAUUGCAAGAAAAUGAUACUGUUGGAUAUGUCAAAAAUGAGGAAGGUGAGUUAAUUGAGGUAAAUAUCGCAGCCUUAGAUCUUACAGAUUUAGAGGACAAGACCUUUAUUUACCCAUUAUAG